AGCAUGGUGACGUCGUGGCCAUGGUAGACGGCGUCGAGAUAGGCGCAGGUGCCGGCAUCCUUGGUGCAGGGGAUCUGGCGGGCGACAUAGCCCCAAUGCUCCUCCAGAGCGGAAUCCUGGGAGAAAUCCUGAAUAUGGCCCAUGAGAUGAUCGACUGGAGGAGGGGAAUGUACAUUGUACUGUACAUGAGUAGCUGGGCCCAUAUGCAGGGCAUCCGGAGUCUUUUAUCUCAUCGACCCGCUGUCGAGUGGAGCCUGCCAAGACCGAAAUCUGCUCAUUGCCAAGCAUCCUGCGUGAUAAUCUGCUCAUUUCUCGCCUCCAUAUAAGACCCGGUGGGUUUCCUGCUGAGGGUGAGGAUAUCCCCCCCGUCUUGGACCACAGUGUGCUCUACAGUGACUGCACACCCCGUUCCACCACUACCACCAUGGACAUGGACAUGUCAAGUUCCUCCAAUUCGAGUGCCUGCUCGGUGACGAUGCUCUGGAACUGGACCACCAUCGAUAGCUGCUUCCUCGCCUCCACCUGGCACAUCACCACCGCCGGCCAAUUCGCCGUCUCCUGCAUCGGCGUCGCCUUCCUGGUCGUCGUCCUCGACGUCCUGCGCCUGCUGAGCAAACAGUACGAGGAGCGGCUCCAGCGUCAGUUCCAGCGGCACGUCGCGGCGCAGUCCCCCGCCGAGCGCACGCAGUUCUUUUGCGGUGACACGCUGGCCGAUGGGCCGAUGGUGGUGACCUUCCGCGCCAGCCCGCUGCAGCAACUCAUCCGCGCGCUGCUGCAGACGAUGCAGUUUGGGUUGGCGUAUAUCAUCAUGCUGAACGCCAUGUCGUAUAAUGGGUACAUGAUCAUUUCGAUCUUUCUGGGGGCGUUCGUGGGGAAAGUGCUUUGCGAUCGCGGGGAGUAUCGGGUGGUGCUUCCGGCGAAGGGGAAGGUGGCCGGGGAGGCUGCGCCGCCGGCCCCAGACAAACCGGAGGAGUGGACGACGGGGUGCUGUGGGUAG